GUUCCGUUCCACGGAUCCCCACUGGCGCGUCUGGCUCGUCCUCCCUCUAAGGGCUAUGUGAUGAUCAGCGUGGGUCCUCUGGAAGUGGUAGGUCAGGUUUUUGCAGCCGGCAGGCCGCGAGUUGUUGAGCAGCGAGUGCCGCAUCUGCGUGCGCUCGUUCAAUACGAAACUGUAGGCUGUUGAGACCGUAAGCAAGGUGGUGGCUUUAUAAUAAUAGAUAGUACUAGUAGCCUUGCAUUUGAGUAGUUAAGACGCAAGUUGAACUUUAGUGAAGCAGGAAGGACUCUCGACCGAGAAAGAGCUUAGAAAUUCUACGUACUAAUAUGCAUUCUCAGGGUUGUCAAAGGCGUAUUAGUGCUAAGAAACUAGCUAGGUGGAUGCGUCGUCUUCAUGUCUUCGUUAUUAAUCUCCUCCUUCGUCAAAGAGCACUGCGCACAUGAUUCGGAUGACCCCGAGCCGUGUGUCAAGAAUUUAGCAUCACUCUGAGCUCCUAGCAGUUGACUCAGCAAGGGGUCUGACGUCCUCUCGUAGAGUUAGGCGCAGCUCCAGAUAAAGAGGCUACAUAUCAUAAUCAUUCUAUCCGGCUGGUAAGCGUGAGGUGUUCAAAGUUCUAAGGUAGUUAGCGGCGUUUUUAGAAUGAAACUUAAGCAGUUUGUUCUUAUUUGUCCAAGUAAGAGAAUUUUAAUCGUCUGGUGGAGGAUAUUGGGCUGGGGGUCUCGUGCAAGAACGAAGAAGUUUCUCUUUUAGACAAAAGGGAAGGGCGGAAGAAGGUGGCAACUUCCUAUAGUUGAGAAACGAACAACUGCACAACUUCUGAAAUAGAAAGCCGUUAGUCUUGCGUGAAGUGGACUAACUGAGUUUGAACUUACAAAGAGGAAUAAGGGCGAGCAAGCCUGGUAGAAGGCAAAGAAAGUCAAAAUCGGUAACACGAGCAAGGGCGCGACUUUUUAUAAAGGAUCAAAGGGCGCGCUUUCGGCCAGAAAAUAGCUCCGGUCUUGCUGUGGAAGGUCUAAGUACAAGAGAGAAAGCAAGAGCUUGAAAGCUUGGGAAGAAAGUGGCGAAGCCUUGUGAUAGGCAGGUGUCUUCUUGGGUGACGUGGAUGGCCGCCAAGUUGGACGCGGGGACUGCCCUCGCAGAGCACCACCAAGGCAAAGGCAGACUCCUAGUCCAGGGGGAAGCGAGUCCUCCGUCUUAUUCUUGGCCCGCGUGCAGGUCCUUACCGUGCUCGCCGGGAGGGUGUCGAGCCUGGUCGAAGAAAAACAAGAAGGGGGCGAGACUAGUAGAGCGACUCACCUGGCGGCCUGUCUUCGGGUGCAGUAGUGCGAGCAGUAGCAUACAAGUAUGACGAGAAGAACCGCGAAGAAAAGCAGAAGGGCAGAACACACGCCCGCCCCGUUUCUCAAAAAAGCUCAACAGGCUCCGCACUGUCUGGCUUGUAAGGAAGAGGCAAAAAAAAGGGGGGCCCUCCUUGUGCUGCGCCGCUGCUAGAUGUUGGAGCCUUGUGGCUUGCUGACGAUACCAAGAUAGUUGGGCAAGCUCUUGGGUGAGGAUGAAGCUAGGGAGACCGCUGACAAAGACGACAGGCUGACCAGCAGGAAGCAACCUACCUCCGGAGGGAACUGGGGCCACGCGUUGCCAUGGGGAAGCGCUAGCCGGAUCGCAAUCAGCAGAGAAGCAACGUCAGUAAGAGGGCAUACGGAGACAUAGCCAAGCCAUCGGCGAGGGGUCUUAGCAUGAUCACCGGCCUGAGGGAUGGCAUAGCAAUGAAGAGAGCCAAGGCAAGGAGGGCUACCCCUGCUCUCAAGUCGAAGAUUCUGGGUAUGGCUGGCCUCGAUCUCUCUUAAGAGGAAAGGCGAGCGCAUUGCCGCAAUUAAGAUGCUGAGUGAGAACAGUGCGAGCCCAUAGGCAGCAGGCGCAGGCCAGGCCCGCGCAUCGGACGAAGACACCGCGCGCACGCAGCUGGAGUCCAGCGUAGGGGGUGGAAAUCUUACAGACAUUCGGGGAGUAUUUUUAUGGACUGAUUCGGUGAAGGUCUAGCACGCUGAGGAGGAGAGCAGGAGGGGGACGCGGGUGAUGGCACUCCGGGGCAGGUUCUUCGGUCAGCAGAUGAAAAGGGAGGGAUGCCUCUGCCUAAGGCUCUACUUCUUGGAAGUGUCUCGCCUCUUGCUUCUGCUCUUGGCUGUUGUUGACGACGCAGCGAGGACGUUGCGAGCUGAGGCCAGCGGAGCAGGGAGGAGCAUCGAAGGCGGGCCCAAUGGAGAGGAGGCAGCAGCAUCGCACGCAGCGGGCGCAUCUGCUUCGCAAUUCCACUGAGGUGCCGCCCGCUCCGAACCCAGUGAGGGCUAUAGGCAGGCCGCCAGACUUUGUCGAGCCAGCAGGUUGGGCCUUGGCUAAUGGAGGGCUGUCGGAUUCCGCUUGAGUGCCUCGCGCCGGUGCUGCGGCUAAUGUGUGAGUGAAUACAAGGGACCCGACCAGCAGGCGCGAUACCAGAAGAGCAGGAGGCCGCGCGCUGAGUAGGAGCACACGCAGGAGCGGGCUCUUACAUGGGGAGAAAGAUGGUUGCAGCCUGGAAGUGCGCGCCAUGUCCUCAGUGAUCGAUCCACCGCUUCGAGGGGCAACCUAGCCACCGGAGGACUAGCGGAGCGGGGUGCUUGGACAGUCUUAGGGCUCAGCUCGUCAGGUGCGCAGAGUUGCGCAGGUUUCUCCUCAUUUUUCUGAACCGGACCGGCAGGGGUCUUGCCGGCAGCAGCUACAACUGUCAAGAGGCAUGGCGGACCUAUCCACCACAGCCGCGCGCCUUCUUCUUCAUUCUUUCCUUGGGAACGCGGUCCCCCAUCGACUUGCUCAUCUUGGGGUAGACCUGAGCUGGUGGCCUCCAUAGUUUUACUCUCGCCGACGCUCCAUUCGCGUGCAUCGUCGUCGAUGCUUCUUGCUGACUUGAAUCGUUUUCACUAUCAACCUGGUUGGGGGCAUCGAGGCUCGUCAGCUGGUGGGAGUAGUGUCGGGCGUAAAGGCUCGGGGAGAGAGUAAUCAGCGCACUCGCUACCUAACUGCGCUUUUCGAAGUGGACUGUGACUACCCUAUCAACCUCGUGAUGUCAGUGCACGUGGCAUCCUGUUCCUGACUUGUUGAUCGCUUUCUUAUAUAACGCAACUAAUCCACCCUCCUUUGGCCCUAGGUGUCAUCCGAUUACAGUCGGCGGGUUCGUAGGGAAUUAGUGCAUCGUAAUCGAACUCGAAGGAGGCUAAUGGACUCCACCCGUCGCCGGCAGGCACGCCGCCAAUGAGCUUGAAGUUGAACACCCAGUGGCGGCAUAGGUUGAAUCUGACGUGAUGACUGAUAUGAAUCCCAAUCUUAGAACUCCCCCCUACGCCGGUAGCUACGCA